GGCACUUACAAAAAUAAGAGUUCAGAGUCAGCUAAAAAACUUAGAGAGUGUACAUAGAUAAGGCGAAAGCCUUUGGAAAUUAUGGCCAAUUUAGCUCUUUCUAGGCCUAUUUUUCUAGCCCUGAAGGUGUUUCAAAACAAUUUUAGGACUGUUAAAACCCGGUAUUUAAUAUAGACUUACAACAAUGUUCUUUGAUUAUAACCUUCCUUAACACAACUUCAAUGUUCUUGGACUUCUUCGAACUCUUUCACCUUUUACUUUUGUACCUUCCACUGGGGUUGGGGGCAUCAAUAAACGGCGUCACGCGUUUUAGAAAGGGGGACGGGGUGUCAUUAGUUUUUAACAAUAUGAGUCAUGGUGAAAGUGUUCUUAAUUUGUAUGAGAUGACACUUUUGUGAUUGGUAGGGGGGGGGGGAGGGGGCAAAAAGUAGAUUCACUUCAUUUAUGAAUGGGCCCCCCAUCUUGAAUCUUAGUCACUUAGUUUACUCUUUAUUUAGUCUUACUAUAUUUUAGGUAGUCUAACCAUAAUUUUAAGGGCUCAAACCGGGACCAAAAUAAGUAUCACAUUAGGUCUUCAGGCUUACAUUGACAUCAUUAGUUUUUAACAAUAUGAGUCAUGGUGAAAGUGUUCUAAUUUGUAUGAGAUGACACUUUUGUGAUUGGUAGGGGGGGGGGAGGGGGCAAAAAGUAGAUUCACUUCAUUUAUGAAUGGGCCCCCCAUCUUGAAUCUUAGUCACUUAGUUUACUCUUUAUUUAGUCUUACUAUAGUAUAGGUAGUCUAACCAUAAUUGUAAGGGCUCAAACCGGGACCAAAAUAAGUAUCACAUUAGGUCUUCAGGCUUACAUUGACAUUGUGUUGGUUGGGCUAGGAAGAGAUAUACCGGUACAAAGAUAUUUUUAAGGGAAGUGCUAUCCACACAGCUCUGUGAAUAAUGUUGAGCGUUAUCGGCAGACCGAGAUCUGUGAAUAAUGCUGAGCGUUAUCAGCAGACCGAAAUCUGCGAAUAAUGCAGAGCGUUAUUGUUGGACAGAAAUGUUCCCAUAAUUACGCACAUUUCUAGAAAUAUUUAGGAUCACAUUCCAAGCCGGGGUAGGGGUGUAGUUUUAAGUAAUGUAGGAGAGAUCGAUCGUUAAUGAGAAUGGCACAAACACAUCUCAAAACCGAAGCUACCGGUAUGCACAAGUUAAAUUUAAAAAAUGUAAUAGGCCUAACUAUAGCCUAUAUAUUGGAUAUAGGACAAUUAAUUAUUGUGCCUACAUCUGCUCUGAUAGGGGCCAACAUAGGGUCUAUUCGACCUAUAGAGUGUUACUAAUGGAUCCAGUCAAACCUCCUACUCCUAGACGUAACUAAUUUUCUGGUAUUUCAUAUUAAAUGUUAUACCAGUAAUAAAAAUGUUACCGGUAUUCUUCAUGUAGACUCACUUUCACCCACUAGAGAUAACUUUAAAUGAUGUCAAAGCUUGAUAGGAUAUCAUUUAGUUUUUUUAAAGCACUAUGAUAUAUCACGUAGUCCAGAAAUGUUCUGUCAGAAAUAGUUGACGUGCCGUGCAACAGUGUAAUGAUGCAGAGAGGUGUCUGCAUUAGGGGGCCAUGUGAGAGACGGGGAGGGGCAUAUAGGCCCUACAUCGAUAAUAACAGAAUCUAAUCCUGUUUAAGGCUAGUAUUUUUUCCUGAUCCUUGAGGGUGUCCCUAAGUCUACCCAGCUCUGGCCUUAGCUGGGGAAAAGUAAAGCUAGCUGGUUAUUGCGCUGGCCAUACACUCACACUUGAAAACGCUGCUUCAAUUGCCCCAAGGGAACUUUACUUCCCAAAGACUCACAAUGCAUCCUACGACCAGCAGGGUUCCAAUUAAUUUUUGUAUGCUUUUUUUGUAUUUAGACCCAUAGUUACAACAGUGGCAGUAUGGCUUUUUGUUUCAAUUAUCAACAUUAUUUUUACAAGAACUAAAAUUGUUGAUGUCAAUGAUAUUGAAAUGUUUUAAGUACGGUACCGGUAUGUUCAUUUCAUUGUCAUCACUAAGUGUUAUUUCAACUAUUUCUGGAGCGGCAUAUUGUGUCCCUACUUAUUAUGAUACUUAAUAGAAAAUAAAAUGAAAGAAAUAAAAUGUGACAUAUAUUUUCAGCUAAACAUUAAUACACAACUCUGAGAUUUAAAAUAUUUGAAUAAGUAAGUUAUUAAUAUUUAUUUGUUUAUUAGAGAAAAAACAAAUGGAUGUUAAAGUCUAUGAGUGGAAUUAUACAAAGAAAAUUAAACAGUCAAAAGAGCUAAAAGUAUAUCACAAUGUACAGUUUGAACAGCUGUAUCUGACUUAAACAUGGUUUAUGCAGCUCAUCUGCGUGUCCAUGUUGUUUACAGUUUUUUGACAAAAAUUGAAUGAACAUUCUAACAAAAUAGAUUGAAACUUGUAACAUAAGUAACAAAACUAUAUGAAAAUAAUAAUAAUAGUAAAACUAUGUGAACAGAAUAAGAAAGCUAUAUGAAGAAUAUAAUUAUAAUAUAACACUACAAAAUAACCAUUAAAUAUAUUUUUUUUUUAAAUUUUUUUUAUAAAAAGUAGCUUCCCCAACGGGGAAUCGUAUUCAUGUCUUCCGGGUGACAGACGGAGAUACUGACCACUACACUACCAAUGAGAUGUUUACAUUCGAACUUUGUAUUUUAUAUUCAUAAUUUAAUUUAUCACAUUCUGCCAAUAAUGUCGAUCGUUAUCGGCAGACCGAAAUCUGCGAAUAACGGCGAGCGUUAUCCGCACAGCUCUGUGAAUAAUCACUUCGUAUUUUUAACUAAUACUAUAAUAAUUAAUAUGCUUAAAUUAUUGGCAAUGAACACGUUUUAACUAAUACUGUAAUGAACAGAUUGAACACUAUGCUUUAAUUAUUGGCAAUUGUAACACAGUGGUAAGAAAACUGGGGUAAAAAUGGAAAUCUUGGGGGUAAUGAGAGUUCAAUAGACAGUCUAAAUAUAAUAUUAUUUUUAAAGCGUUUUUACAAAAUGGAAAUUCGGGCAAUACAGUAUCUGGCCGGUGUAACUUAGAAAUGCAUUUAACAUGUUGUGGUUACUAGUGGGUUCCACAGCCUGCACAACGCUUUGUUUUGAAUAUGUUAUUUGGCCUAGUCUAUUUAUCUUAUACUCAGUGGCUUCACUAGAGUCAGUGUCACCCAGUGCAGUAUAUCCAUAGUGUUGCCCCAUCCAGACUUCCCCAUGGACCUCAUACACAUCAGCCUGCUCUGGUGAUACCCUUCUCUUAUGGACACCUGGUCUGGCGGUACACUGCUCUUGUAUUAAACGUAGAUUUGUUGUGUGCCAUUCCACUGUUAAGGUGUCACUGGGUGUGGUAUGUCCACACCCACCUAGUGUAGCCACUGCUUAUGCUCAAAACAUCACAAGAUGCAAAGAUUUUUAAAAUUGCUCAUGAGGAAGCAUUAAAAAAGUUGCUGCCUUUUGCAAAAAUCCAAUUUUGCUUAAAAGGAUUAGACACUUUAAUGAAAAAACCAAAACAAAUUUUUAAAAAAUCAUAGAAAUAAACUGUUUAACCCAAAGAUCGAAACAUCCUUUCUAAAAAAUUUGAAGUGCAUAUUUUUUCAAAGAAAUUCUUUUAUUUUAUGCAUAAUUAGAAUUCUAUAAAUUUAUUUUCUUGAAUUAAAUUUGUCCUUUUAAUAUUUACCAUGUUUCUCCUUGUAACUAGAUUCAAUAAACCAUUUUGAAUUUAACAAGUAUUUUUUUUUAAAUUUCUUUUCAGUCGGGAGGUAAAGUCAGUGUGAAAAAUUUAACUUUGGGGUGAUGUGUAAGAAAGUUUGCCGAGCAACUGAUUUAACAUAUCAAAAAUAAUAGUGUUGUAUAGAUGUAACUAAUAUGAUGCAUCACAACAUGUUUUAGUUAUUACACAAACAUGGCGUUGUGCAAGCUGGAACUUACAAGGAGAAUUUUAAUUUUAUUUCAUUAAUUGAUAGCAAUGUGUACCUAAUUUACUUGGUAAACAGUAGAUUGUAGAUUUUUUUUAACUAAUUGGGGCUGGGAGUGGUUCGUAAAACCUAUUUUCUGGACAGUGUAUUAAACAUAGUUCACUGUGUAUUGGAGAUUUGUAUCUCUAUGAAAAGAGAUCUUUACAAACAUUGAUGACUGGUGCUUAUCUGAGGUUACAUUGUGUUUCAGGCAUGAAUUCUGCUAUAUAUAUUUUAACAAGUGUGCAGAUCACAUUAUCACAUUUUGGUCGCUGCUUGUAUAGUACAUAUUUAGAUUAUACCUAUACUUUGUAAAAGGGCCAGAAUCGUGUGCAUUGCAUUCAAUAAUUAAAAAAAAAUUUUAAAGACGGGCAACUCAGAUACCUAUGUUUUGAAAAUCAACAUUUUAACUGUGGGACAUAUUAAUUUUAAAGUAAAUCGAAACCAGUCUGAACAGUGUAUCUAAACCUGGACGAUCCAGAUAAAAGUAUGCCAAAGCUUUUAUUCACUCGGAUUAAAUAUUAGUAUUUAACUUUAAUAGGAUUAUCAGGACAAUUUUAGAUAACAUGCUAAGGAGAACUCCUUGUUUGAGUAAACGGAAACACACUUUCCCCAAAUGUGAUAUAAAUUGCAAGGCAUGGAGCAAAUGCUAACAGUACAGAGUGAACCAUAUUAUUCAAAUUUACAAGCGUCGAGUGCACUGACAAACUGAAAUAUUAAAUCUGCCUAUUGUAAUGUCUACUAAGAAACAACAAUUUAUUACUAAGUUAUGCAACUUAAAAUUAUAUUUAAAUCAGAAUAUUUCAUGAUUGUUGGAUUUUUUGGAAAAAUAAACCUCGUCUAAAAUUGAAUUAGUUGUAAUUUAAUAUAAUAAUUUAUUUAUAUGAAAGUUGUUUUUGUUAAAAUUAUUUAUUACUGAUUACUUAAUCUUCUCUUCCUAAAACGGGCAUGAAAUUGACUCAAAGUAAAGCAGACACACUGAGUAUUAGAAUAAUAAUUUUUUCUUUAAGUCUAACCAGUUUUAUUUGAUUUAUUAUUUUAUUUAAUCUACAGAUGUUUAUACACAAUUUCCAUAACUGGUAGAAAGGGCUAUUUUCUAAAAAUGAAUCAUCACCAAAAUUGUUCUGUACAAGAUCAUGAUAAUCACUUACAGUCUAAAAGAACUUUUUUUAAACUGCCCAACUUGAAUCCUCUGUCUAAUGCUUCAAAACGCAAAGCUUAUUCAGAGAGGAGACUUCUGGGGUGAGGAACAAGAUCUUGUUAGUUUGAUUUUUUUUCUGGUACAACUUACAAAAUCUGUUCUUUGGAAUAUCACUAGUUGAGUAGCUGUUCAUUACCUUUUUUUUAAUUGAUAAUAUUUGCAAUGGUAAUAUAUAUCAACAUUUUAAUUUAUUGUUCUUAUUUAUCAAAUUUUAAAGGUUAACCUUAGCAUUCUGCACAAAUAUGUCAGUUUUUGAAAAAUGGUUCACCUCGAAUUAUGUCAAAAAUAAGCAUUCCUCAGCUCAUUUGGUUUUUUGUACAAUGUUUGCUAUUUUCAGCUACUCCAUGGAACAGAUGUAUGAUAUAGUAGCUGAUGUAGGUUCAUAUAAGCAGUUUAUUCCAUGGUGCACUAACUCAUCUGUGUAUGAUGUGCGUCCAAACGGUUGCAAAGCAAGAAUGGAAAUUGGCUUUCCUCCACUGCAAGAGAAAUACAUUUCAACCAUCAAAUUAGUUCGGCCCAAUCUUGUGCAUGUAGGAAAUAUUCUCAUAUGAUUAAACCGUUCAAUUCAUCGCCUUAAUAAUCCUUACAGUUAUAUAAAUCCUUCACAGAGAGUGUUUCAUAAUAAAAAAAUUUAAAAAUUCAUGUCUUGACUGAAAUGUUUUAUGAUUCAUGUUAAAAUUUUAUAUUGUUUGCUUUACAGUCAGAGUGCACCGAUGGGAGGCUUUUUACCCAACUUGUAACUAUAUGGCAGUUUAGUCCAGGAUUGUCUGGAAAUCCGAAUACUUGCACACUAGAUUUUUCGGUCAGUAUACAUUUUUAAGUCACCUUACCUAUGAUUCAGUGUCAUCGAAUUUUUAUGUUUUAGCAUUACACUUUAACACUUUUGUAGAAAGCUUUUCUUAUUUCUCCUGGUUGCAACGAUUAUGAAAUGUUCAAUGAAUUAACAUGGCAGAAAGUAUUUUAAAUUUUAGAGCUCUUGAGGAACUAUUAACUGGGCAGCGCUCUUUACCAUGUUGGAAUUUAUAAUAAACAUUUGUGUCGUGAAUUUAAAUUGUACAUAUUUGUGCUUCCCAGGUGGUGUUUGAAUUUCGAUCUCAGUUACAUUCACAGCUUGCCACUGUGUUUUUUGAUGAAAUAGUAAAGACAAUGGUGAAUGCCUUUCUCAAGAGAGCAAGAGCUCUACAUGGACCAGAAUCUAUAAAAAGUCAGAAACCUAAAGUUAUAGACUAUACCACUUAGCUGAUAUAAUAUUAAUAGAAUGUGUAAAUAGAAUCAUUUUGAUGUAGAUAAUACAGAUAGUGACAGUUGUAAAUUUAAUUUUUUUAUCAGAUUCAGAGACUUAUUUUUGUAUAUAAUUUCUACAUACUGUACACAAUGGGCUAAUAUGGUAUAUAUGUCAUGAUUUUAUAGGGUUACUGUAAGAGUAUCUUUGUUGAACUCAGGCGUGACUCCCACCAUGGCAAAAAUGAUUUGUAUUUAUUGUUAGCAUUGAUUCAUUGCUAGAUGUAUUUUACAGCUGGAGUUUUGAUAUAGGACAUCAUAUUUGUAACUUAUUUUUUUUUGGUUAUCAACUAAGUAUUUUUUAGGGGAUAAUACAACCAAAGGGGAAGAAUUUAUUUAUUCAAAUAUAUUAUUUUAUUUUGUCUGCUCGAAUAGACCUUUAAUUCAUGGAGCAAGUCCAUAUACAUUUGUUUAAUGUAUAUUCAGUAAUGUGCAAACUUCUUGAUAUGCAAAGUCUCAAACUUCCAAUUGAGGUAAAAAUCAAUAUACCAUCCUCAAAACAACAGAAACAUUGAGUGGGACCAGUCCAAAUGCAAUAGGAAAUGGGGAAAUAAAAGGUUUAAAUCUAAACAAUAGUACAGGAAAGGACUUGAUUUAGUAUCAUGGUAGCUACAUAUGGAAAUCCUCCAAAAAAAAAUAUUUUGCAAAAUUUACUUUUAACUUUAACACUUGAACCAUAUUAUUUGCACAAGUUUGAGGCUUUUACCUUAUUUAAGAGACUCAACCCCCAUAUGUAUUAGUAUUACAUUCUGCCUUUCCCAACUCAUUCUUGUCCCCUCUUUCAUCAGGGCUGUUAACUGGUGCUGUCUGUUUAUGUACAACCAGUCAUUUUAUUUCUUUAAUUAUGGUUGGCAAAUAUUGUUUAUUCUUAAAGUAAGUCAUUCUGAUCCAGACAUUUAUAACCAGAUUAUUUACAAAUGGGAAUUAAUUCAUCUUUUUUCCUGGGGUAUAGAUUUUGGAAUUUCUUAAAUUCCAGUCAUCUUCUUUUUUACUUCAUUGGAAUGGUUUAAUUUUUGCAUUAAUUUUUACACAGUUAACAGAAUUUGAACAGAGUUAAAACACUUUAAUUAAUGGUGGGAGUGACUUAUAUUGAUUUUUCAAGUAAAUUAUUGUUUUAACUUAAUAUUAAUACCAAGAUAGUCCAAAGUUUGUCAUCACUAGUGCUAAUUAUUACACUAGGAAGAUAUCUCUCAAAUUUUUAAGAGAUUGGAGAGGGUUGGGAGGGGUGUUUAACAUGAUUUCCCAAAUUUUUUAAAAGGCAUUGAAAUAUGUGAAAUUGAAUGUUCUUUACAUCUUAAGGGUGUGUGUGAUAUGUCAAAGACACACAUGCUCAAACAUAAAAUUUAUUGGAGAUAUUGUACAUUAUUUAUUUCUAAAGACCUGAAAGAAGUUAAUUGCUGAUUGACAACAGAUUGAACAUGUGAUAGUCUAGUUACUCAUUAAUAAAUCCAAGAAUGAAACAUGAAUGAUAAGCUUGUGUGUUUUAUUUAUUUUUUUAUAAUCUUAAUGUAUGUUCCAUGUCCAUAGCUACAAAAUUC